GCUGACGGAGGAGAACUUUCAGAGGCUGCACACUGAGCAUGAGCGGCAGGCCAAGGAGCUGUUCCUCCUUCGAAAGACUCUGGAGGAGAUGGAGCUGCGGAUUGAGACUCAGAAGCAAACCCUGAACGCUCGGGACGAAUCCACAAGAAGCUUCUGGAGAUGUUGCAGAGCAAGGGGCUUUCUGCUAAGGCUACUGAGGAGGACCAUGAGAGAACAAGGAGACUGGCAGAGGCAGAGAUGCAUGUCCACCACCUCAAAAGCCCUUUGGAGCAGAAGGAAAAAGAGAACACUCUGUUGAGAGAGGAGAUGCAUCGGAGAUUUGAGAAUGCCCCUGAUUCUGCCAAAACUAAAGCUCUGCAAACUGUUAUCGAAAUGAAGGAUUCAAAAAUUUCCUCUAUGGAGCGUGGGCUCCGAGACUUGGAAGAGGAGAUUCAGAUGCUGAAAUCGAACGGGGCUUUGAGUACUGAAGAACGAGAGGAAGAAAUGAGGCAAAUGGAGGUCUAUCGGAGCCAUUCUAAAUUUAUGAAAAACAAGGUCAUGAUUGGUCAGGUGAAGCAGGAGCUGUCCAGAAAGGACACAGAACUACUAGCCCUACAGACAAAGCUAGAAACACUCACCAACCAGUUCUCAGACAGCAAGCAACACACUGAAGUGCUGAAGGAGUCCUUGACUGCUAAGGAGCCUCGAGGGCUGCCAUCCUGCAGAACGAGGCAAGGGAAACAGGCAAAACUAAACAAGUGGGACCACAUCAAACUACAUAGUUUUUGCACAGCAAAGGAAACUAUUAACAAAGCAAAAAGACCACCUACUGAAUUGGAGAAGAUAUUUGCAGAUAAUGUAUUCAAUAAGGGGUCCAAAAUAUACAAAGAACUCAUACAAUUCAAUAUCAAAAAAAAAAACUUGAUUAAAAAAUGGGCAGAGGAUCUGAGUAGACAUUUUUCCAAAGAAGACAUACAGAUGGCCACCAGGCACGUGAAAAGAUGCUCAACAUCACUAAUCAUCAGGGAAAUGCAAAUCAAAACUACAAUGAGGAGCAGAAGCAAGAAAAACUACAAUCCUGCAGCCUGUGGACCAAAAACCACAGUUACAGAAAGAUAGAGAAGAUGAAAAGGCAGAGGGCUU